AUGCUAUGGUCUCCGAGGACGUCCCUGUCGAACAUCCGCGUCAAGCUGACGGCCAAGGGUUUGCUCCGGAACCUGCAGCUGCUGUCGGGAUGUGGGAAGAGCACGGUGGAGUUUCACACAGUGGACAAGGCCAAGAAGCGGGCGGGACCCCGGAUCCAGCAGCCGGCGCAGGGUAAAGGGGGUCUACCGGCCGCGCCGUCCCGGGACAGGGCCGCCCCGCGGGCCCAGGGCGAGGACGUCCAGCGGCUCAGGAGCCUGCUCGCGGCCGGCGGUCGCAGGUUCGAGGCCGUCGCCGUGGUGAUCCAGCACGUCCUCUCUGAGCGGGACAAGGCCCUGAAGCAAUGCUCGGAGCUUUCCCAGGAACUGGUGACCCUGCGGGAGGAGUUGGUGUCCUCGGCCGCCUCCUGCCAGCAGCUGGAGAAGGAGAAGGACGAGCUGCGCUCCGUGUUCGAGGGGGUGCUGCAGAAGGCGCAGCAGCAGCACCAGAAUGCGCUGGCCGAGCUGGAGGAGCAGCUGAGCGAGUUCUACUCCGCCGAGUGGGACAAGGUGCAUCAGGCCUACCAGCAGGAGGCGGACAGGUGCCGGAGCCAGGCGCAGCAGCAGAUAAAUGACUUGAGGUCCAAACAUGAGGCUUUGGAAAAGGAAGUGAGGUCCAGGCACACUGAGGAGAUGGAGUCUUUCAGACAGCAGUAUGAGGCAUCAUUGGAAGAGCUGAGGAACUCCCACGAGCAGGAGCGGCAAGAUCUGACCAAAACGCUGACAGAAACAGAAGCCACGUUAUCUGAGCAGAUAGAAGAGCUUACGAGGAAGAACAAGGCUCUAAACGAGAAGCUAAAGGCUGAAGAGGAACACAGACGGCUUCUGAGGCAAAAAAGCCAGCAGAAGGACCCCCACACGCUGUAUCUGGAGCAGGAGCUGGACAGUCUGAAGGUGGUGCUGGAGAUGAAGAACUCGGAGCUGCACCAGCAGAGCAAGAAGCUGAUGGAGCUGGAGACUCUGAUGGAGGCCAACAUGAAGCUGGACGGGGACCUAAAGAAGAGCCAGCAGGAGAACGAGGACCUACGCGCCCGGCUGGAGGAGCACACCGCCCUGCACAGGCAACUGUCCACAGAGCAGGCCGUGCUGCAGCAGACCAUCCAGAAGGAGUCCAAAAUGAACAAUCGCCUCUCCCUGCAGAACGAGGAACUCCUGUGGAAACUUCACAACGGAGACAUCUGGGGCCCCCGAAAACUGCCCCCCUCCCCGCCCUUCCAGCCCACCCGCAGCUCAGGGUCCUUCUCCGGCACCCCGCUUUCAUCCAACUAACCCCCCCCCCCCAGCACCCCCCCGACAUGCAACCCCGCAGCGGGUACCCGGAGGAGGUGCGUCUCUGAACGGGAUGCUCUCUCUCUGCUGGCAUUUGUAAAAAGGAAACGGUUGUAAAGACGUUGCUAAAGACGAUAACUGCACGGACGCACUUCCCGAGCAAGGCCGGCCUUGUUCUCCGCCCUUCCUCUCGUCCACUAUCGGAGGAAAGAACGGAAAUCUCAGGACGUGAGGAUAACUUCUCACCAAAAUCGUGACUCAUCCGCUCUUUUUUUUCCUGUCUUUUUUUGGGGGGGGG